AUGAUGAGGCAAUCAAACUUGAACCCAAUAAUCCUUUGCGUUUCUGCAACCGAGCUAGAGUAUUUAAUAAUCUUAGACAAGAAGAAGCAGCUUUGCAGGACUUUAAUAAGGCUUAUGAUUUAUGGCAAGAAUAUCAAGAAAAUGUCGUUUAUGAGGAUGAAUGAGACCUUUCUGAAAAAGAUAUCAAUUUUAUUAAAGACGUAUUAG